AUGGGCAUUAAAGGACUUCACGGGCUUCUCAAGUCCAUUCAAAAACCAUGUCAUAUUAAGAAUUUCAGUGGACAAACACUUGGAGUCGAUGCAUAUGGAUGGCUGCACCGAGGAACUGUCGCUUGUUCAGUGGAUCUGGUCCUGAACAAUCCUACUAGGAAACACAUUGAUUUCGUCCUCAACCGAGUCCGCAUGCUUCUUUUCUUUGGAGUGAAACCGUACCUUGUUUUCGAUGGCGACAAUCUGCCCAGUAAGGCAGGCACUGAACAGGAUCGUCACAGACGACGCCAGGAAAGCAAGGCCCUUGGACUGGAGCUACAACGGAAAGGGAGGACGCCGGAGGCUUACCAGGAGUUCCAAAAGGCCGUCGAUGUCACGCCAUACAUGGCCCGCGAGUUAAUUGAGGAAUUGAAGCAAAUGAAUGUGCAGUAUGUGGUGGCCCCGUAUGAGGCAGAUGCCCAGCUGGUGUACCUGGAGCAACAGGGCGACAUUCAUGGAAUCAUAUCCGAGGACUCGGAUUUGCUUGUCUUUGGAGCAAAGCGGUUGCUUUCAAAGUUGGACCAACAUGGGGAAUGCAUUGAGAUAAACCGCGCCGAUUUUACUGCUUGCCGUGAGGUCAGCUUAGUUGGCUUCAGUGACCCAGACUUCAGAAACAUGUGCAUCUUGAGCGGCUGUGAUUAUUUGGCAAAUAUUCCUAAGCUGGGGCUGAAGACUGCCUACCGGAUUAUUCGCAAACAUCGCAGCGUCGAAAAAGCCCUGCGUAUGCUCCAAUUUGAAGGCAAUUUUCGAGUCCCAGCCGACUACCUCGCCAACUUCAAACAGGCCGAGUUAACCUUCCUGUACCAACGGGUCUUCUGCCACAAAGCUGAAAAGCUAGUGACUUUGACGCCACCUGAUAAGGAUGUCAAUUUGGCCGCGCUGCCAUUUAUCGGCGCAGAUAUGGAGCCAGAAAUUGCCGUCGGGGUUUCUCGUGGCGAUCUGGAUCCAACCACCAAGGAGCCAAUAAUCUUGAAGCCACUAGCCGCAAAUAGAUGGACCCUUGGAAUCAAUCGCCGCCAGACACUUGGUACUUCCUCCGAGUUGAAGCCAAAGAAGUCCAUCAGUUCGUUCUUCACCCCGAAGAGGACGCCGCUAGCCGAGCUAGACCCUAACACCCUAACUCCGUCUCCGAGCCAGCAGCUACUCCUAGAGCGCAAUGCAAACAACAGCUGGCAAGCCAAUGCAGCGCCCUUCCGCUCCAACUCGGUCAGGUCCACGCCUAUCGGGGCCUUUCCUGGGCGAGGCCUCAGCCCUAUGGUUAGGAGUGUGGAACGCUCAUCUUUUCUGGCCCAAACUACAUCGACGACCUUGCAGUCCACAAAGAGGCAGAGACUCUGCUCUGAGGCUGAAGGAGAUUCUCUACCUACUUGUUCCCCUGCUUGCAGUCGCUUCUUUGCUCCUACUUCCGAACAAGCUAGCCCUAGCGGCCAAAAGCUCUUCCGCUCAAAGCGGUCACGCAAAUCAGUGAUCGGCGUCUUCUCGGAUGAAAUGGCCGAAGACAUAAUGUCUAGCAUUCCUGAUCCUAGCACUACCCCUGGGCCUGCUGAGUCUAGACCUGAGAGCACCCUUGAGAUAUCUGGCAAGCCCAGUGAAGUUGAAACCCCUCCCAGCCCUACUUCCAACAUAGCCCCAAUGACUGGGAACCUUGAAGUCUCGCAGAAUACUUCCAAGGAUACCACACCGGACUCCCCACGUUUCAGUCAGGCUCUUGACUAUCAUGUUGACCGGCAAAACGCGAAUGUACUUUCCAAGUUUACUUUUCAAGCGGGGCAAAAGCCCGAAACAACCGCAGCUAGCUCUCUCAUGACUAAGAUUCCUGCGAUUCAGACUUCUCAUAGACCUUCAACGCCCUCGAUUCCCAGAAGCCCAGCUGCGAUUGCACGGAGCAACAUUUCUCAACGACGUCUAACACCGCUCCAGCGGAUGGGACAAUCCGCUCUCAGCCGGUCUAACAGUAUCAACAUUCCCACUAAACUCCGGGAUGCUGAGGCUGCUGAACCUCGGACUGAACCUUCUUCUUUGGUCAUAAAGGGGUCCUCCUUUGGAGGAACCCAAGGCAGUGAAGAUCUCAUUGUCCCAGACAGUGAGGAUGAAGAGGAUGAGCCCAGCACAGGGCACUCGACUACUCUUGAUCUCAAACGCUUUUCUUUUGCCGCAAAUUAG